UUUAUUAAUACAAAACAGUUCAUUAGCUUUCCAUUCCGAAAACAAAAUACACAUUAUGGCAGAAAAGAAAACUCAUUCUGAAUUAUUUUGGACCACAGUAUUUGUAUUAAUAGUGUGCAUGGUAACGAUGUCAAUAUUUUCCGGAUACUAUCAUUCCUCGGGAAAGUUAAGGUCAAUGCUGAUUACCGUCUUUGCGGUGCUAAUGUUUCACUACCUAUUCGGUGAUCCAAUCAGGUUUGCAUUACUCUCACUUGAGGCCUCCAUUUGGCCACCGGGUCAGCGCAAGUUCGCAACGGAUUGGGAAGCCACUCAUCACAAUCGCCUAGAUUAUUUGACGUUGCGGUUGCAAAGCCUACGUGCUCAUCUCUUUAUAACGGAAAACCAUCGUGACGAGAAGCUCAAUUGCAAGUACAAGCAAAUAGCACAUGAUCUGUGGCUUUAUGGAAGAACUAUCGUUACAGGCGAAUGCAAGAAUCAAAAGUGCACGGGCACUAGGAGGACCUACGGUCAAAAUCUCAAGUCUUUGUGAUCGACGCGUUCACA